GUCAUUUCAUUGCGUCGAAUUUCCUGAUUCUCUGCUUGCUGACGGUGCCACUUGUGUAUAUUCAAACCCAUCAUGGACGAUAAAGGAACUGGAAAAAAAAUUGAUUGACAGUGUCCAAAGCAAAGGAGGAGCUGAAUCUAAGAGGGCUCAAGGGGAUGUUAUGCCUAAGCAGGAUUCAUUCUCUGCUGAAGGUACUGUACAAUUCAGAUUGAAUGAUCCCCAAUCUGAGGGAGAAAUUGCACUAAAGGAAGCACCUGGACAUUGUGACACAUCAACAGAUAUAAAUAUGGAGGCAGCUAUAAAUCCUGAUGAUGUUGUACGAGCUGGAGGUUUUGGUGCCAGAGAUGAUUUAAGUAGUCCUCUUCCUAUCGCAAGCGACUCAACUGACUUUGAAGCUUCUUUACUUGAUGCACGUGACUAUGAAGAACCCCAGGGUGAGAAACGCCGACCAGGCCUUGGCUGGAGUGAAGAUAGAGUGUCAGACUAAAACUGUUGUUUCAGGAAAUUUCUUUCAGAUUUUAGUCUAGUCGCAACUCACAACUAUAGUCACAAACUUUAAAAUGCUAAAGGUACGUUUGUAAUACAUUCAGCUACUGUUUCUAGUUCUUUAUGGUUCUGUGCUUUGUUGUUGACUUGCUUUGACUACCAAAAGACACUCUUGCUGUGUCUUUUCCUGUGGGUCAAUUUAAGAAUCCUUUUCCGAAA